CGUCGUGAAUGCAGGCUCGGCCAACGCGCGGCCCAUCUGGAAUGCGACAAACUGUACCGGAACCAGAAUUGUCAUGGCCUCGUGAGAAGAUGCAAGCAGAAGUAGCUCUUUCUCAACAAUUGAAUAGAAGCUUUAAGGUCAUCAAAAAGAAUCUGUCACUUUGGGAUCAGACACUUUUAGAAGGUCGGCCAUGUGUGGACAGCAUCAGCAACCUGGCUGAACAAUUAGAGUGCUGCCAGAGGGUGAAGGUGUCAGCUACUCCUCUUAAGAACUUUGAGAACUUGCAGGAACGGUUGAUAGGAAAAUUGAUCAGCACAAUUGAAGAUGAGAUAAUAAAGUUCAUCGAACUUCAACAGCAGCUGCAGGAUGUCUCGGACCGCUUGUCGAAGGAGAAUGACAAAUGUGUCACUCUGUACCAAUGUCUAAGAGUCCAGCUUCCAGUCGAGGUGAUGGUCUCCAGGAUGCCAUUCAGGCCAUCUUAUGCAGACAUGUUGGAGAUGAUCAGAGAUGUUGAUCGGAUAUGUCAUGAGCUAUCUGCAACACGGAGCUAUCAUUGGGACCAGCUGGACUACAACAAGCCUGCAGUCGUUCAAGAAGUCAUGACCUCACUGAAAAAGACCAACAAGUUGCAGGAUCAAAUGGAAGAAACCUUGGCAAAAGUACAAUUCUUCCUUGAUGACAGUUUCUCAACCGAGAUGGAUAUGCCAGCUUUCGAGUGAAUCGUAGACUGACGAGCAUGUCGACUUCUCCUCUGGCAGAUGUUGGAGACAACACGGAUGAUGUGACAACACUGCCAUUGACGCAAAAUUGCAAUGUGAAAUGUGAGUGAUCAGCCGACAGGUGUGCUGAAUGAACCAUGAACUGAUCUGGUGAAUCAUCCUCCACAGAUGAAGAUAAGACCUGUAACGCUCCGAAAAUAAAUGGACCAAUAAUAAAGUA